CCUGCGCCCACACCGGGCUUGCCUGCGCCAGCCGCCGCCAUUGGGAGCGCGCCUCGGGGUACCCGGGGUUCGGCCAGCGCCCGUGCAUCCCGAGGCCAGGCCGGCGCCCGUGACUGCGCGCGGGCAGCUGGAGAGUCUCGCGUUUCGGGCUGCCCGCGCGGGCUAUGGCCGCAGGAGGGAGCGGACCCGGCGUCCGCCCGCUCCGCCCGUCUUCACUGCCUCCUGUUCUUUCGGGUCGACUCCGGACUGUGUCUGUGAGGUCGUCCUCAUUUGACAGGGUGGGAAACAGAGGCCCGGAGGUUGAGGGGGGACCUCUCGCUCAAGGUCACGCAGCUUAUUUGCGGCGGGGCCUGACUGAGUCCAGGCUCCCAUCGGAUGGCCUUCCUCCCGGGUCUGCUACUGCAGCAACUGCCCCCCCUGCCGCCCCGGCUGGGGAGGGAGGCCCCCCUGCGCCUCCUCCAAACCUCACCAGUAACAGGAGACUGCAGCAGACCCAGGCCCAGGUGGAUGAGGUGGUGGACAUCAUGAGGGUGAAUGUGGACAAGGUCCUGGAGCGGGACCAGAAGCUAUCGGAGCUGGACGACCGCGCGGAUGCACUACAGGCAGGGGCCUCCCAAUUUGAAACAAGUGCAGCCAAGCUCAAGCGCAAAUACUGGUGGAAAAACCUCAAGAUGAUGAUCAUCUUGGGAGUGAUAUGCGCUAUCAUCCUCAUCAUCAUCAUCGUUUACUUCAGCUCUUAAACCCCUGAGGAGCCUGCCCUGCCCAGAGAAGGGCCUCUUCCCCCCCAAUCCCCAGCUGCUCCUCCACCUCUCAGCCAUAUCUUCCAGCCCCCCUCCCCUGGAUCCGUGUGUGUGUGUCUGUGUGUGCGCCCCCCUGUAAAUAGCCAGCUGUUAUUUAUACAUAUAUAAUAUUAUAUAUAUUUGGUCUGUUUGUAGUUUUAUUACUAGAAGAUUUUUCCGGUUGUCCUUAACACCCCUUCCUGAGGUUCCCAGCACCUCCUUUCUCUUUCCUUCCUUCGUCCCUCUCUUCCUGACCAGCCCCAAGUUCCUUCCUUUGCAUCUGCUAUGCAACAGUCCCUCUUCCUCUCCUUAGAUUUAGCUGACCUUCCUCCUACCCUCACCUUCCUCAUAUCCCCCUCCCCUCUACCAAAACAAAAGGGAAUUGUCCGGGCCUCUUGUGGUGUAUCUCUUUUGUAUCCUUGGGAGGCUCUGAGACUGGCCCCACUUGGUCCUAAGAAUCCCAAGGUCUUCUGGGAGCUUCCAGCAUGUUAAUUAGCAAUCAUUUGCAUACCGACAUCCCUUUUGGUUUCCUUCAUUUUUGUUCUAUCACUCAACUUGAUUCUCUCAGCCCAUGUUUUUUUUUUUUACUGAGGAGUUAGUUCCCAUUGGUCCUUUGUAUCACAUUUUCAUUUGCAUGACAUUACUUGCAGGUGGUUGGGGAGCUUGGGCUCUUGGGAAGCCAUGCUCUUCUGGCCCCCAGAAACACUCCCUCCUAGCCCCUAGUCCAGUUUGCCUCCCCUACCCCAUUUUCCAAACCUCUUGUCCCCUCCUCUCCCUUCCCCCAGCUGAUGUGUAAGUGUCUUGGAGUUCAGUGUGUUAUGAUGGACCAAUAAUUCUGCACUUGGAGUCUCUCCCCACAUUCCUGCUCCCUAGUUUUCAUGUGGGGCACUCAACUGACAUUCCCAUGGGGUCUCCCUCCCUCUCAUCUGCCUGAUUUGCCUCCUUCUCCUCCCACUAGGAGAGUUGGGGGUUGGCCACAAUCUGAUCUCGGGAGAAGUGGCUACCAGUGUGUGGGGUCAUCACUGCCUUGGAAAGGAGUGAGGCAGGGCAGAGAAUCCCCAGUUCUUGCCUGAAAUCUCUGGUCCCACCCCUCCUGGGGGUUGGACUGAAAACUUUCCUCCCCAAUUUGGGGGGUGUUGCCCCCAUUACUGCCCAGCCCUCUGACUGCCCCCCUCUGAGUUCAGGGGGGGGUACUAGUAACUGCCAAUGUAUGUAUGGGGCUGGCUGGAAGAUAGGGAUUCUCACCCUUCUCCAGGAUGGUCAAGCCCAGAGAGAGCUGUCUCCUCCUUAGGUCAAGUUGAGAGAGGAAAGGUCUAAGGUCUUUUUAAAUGGCACAAUUUUAGGGGUCUGAGGGUGCAGUUCCUUAACCUGCCACUGGAGGGGACCCCCCCAACUUCCCCCACACUCAAGGUUUCAGUGUGAAGGGGGAGCAGGGAGAUCUAAGUUGUGGUGUGAAAGGGUAGGAAGAGAUGCUGGGGAUGGGGGUGCUAUGUUCUAGACACCCCAUAUUAUCCCAGUGUCCCCUGCUCCCCCUUCCCUCACCCCAUGCCCCCAAUUCUGUGACGCAUCCAGAUUGUGAAAAUGUACAAUAAAUGUGUAAUGAGUAACCAG